CAUCUCCGAGUCUCUUCGCUCACCAUCUAGUCCAUGACCUCGCCGAGAAGCGGGAUUUGACACUGCACAGCACUCACCCCAACCCAUCCCGAAUACCGAGGCCAAAGGCCGUGCAACAAAAGGUCGGUCAGAGACGAUGCUCGACAUCGCAAUCAUCGGCGGCGGCAUCGCCGGUCUCACGACCGCAAUCGCGCUCCGGCGAGCGGGCCACACCGCGACCAUCUACGAGAGGUCGGCGCUGAACAACGAGAUGGGCGCCGCGAUCAACGUGCAGCCCAACGCGUCGCGUCCACUGCUUGCGCUCGGAAUGGACCCCGCGCGCGCCAGGCUCGUGGUGGCCGAGGGCAGCCGGCGGGUGAGGGGGGACACCCUGGAGCCGGUUCACGAACUCGACCUGGGCGCUAUCGGGGAGAAGCAUGGCUCGCCGUGGUACUUUGCACACAGGGUCGACCUGCACCAGGAGCUGAAGCGCAUGGCCACGACGAACGACGGCGGGCCGCUCAUCACGUUCAAGUUGAGGAGCGAGGUCACGCGCUACGACCCUGAAGGGGCUCGGUUCAGUCUUCGCGACGGAACCGUCAUUUCCUCCGAUCUAGUCGUUGUCGCAGAUGGCAUCCACAGCGGCGGCGUCGAGGCCAUCCUCGGAUCCCCCAACCCUGCGUUCCCCGCGGCGCACGACAACUUUUGCUACCGGUUCCUCAUCCCGAUGGCAGAUGUGCUUUCCGACCCGGCCACGGCCGAGUUAUUCGACGGCGCAGCGGGUAGCGUGCGGAUGUUUCUCGGGGACGGGAAGAGAAUAGUGACUUAUCCAUGUCGAGAUGGCGAGGUUCUUAACUGCAUCGGCAUCUUUCACGAUGAAGUCGGAUCAUCAAGUAAAGAAGACUGGCACAACUCCGUCGACAAGUCUCUUCUAGCAGCCCGCUUCUCCAACUUCCAUCCCAGUGUGCUCUCACUUCUCGACAAGGCGAGUGAGGUGAAGCAAUGGCCACUGUUGUACAGGGCGCCUAUCCCGAGGUGGAGGAAAGGCAGGAUGGUUCUCAUUGGAGAUGCCGCCCAUCCCAUGCUUCCCCACCAAGGUCAAGGGGGUGCACAGGCUAUCGAGGACGGCGUCGCCCUCGGUGUCUGUCUGUCGAACAUCACUUCAGGGGCCGACGUUCCGGAAAGGCUCGAAGUUUUCGAGCGCAUCCGCAGGAACAGGGCCAGCGCGGUGACAAUCUUUAGCAACGCGGCACAGGACGAGGCGGAGAAGAUCAGAGAGGCCGCCUCUCGGUUUGUCCCGGCCGAUCGUAUUCCGACAAACCCAGAGGGCUUUUACGACUUUCACUUCGACUACGACAUCAUCGAGGACUCGGUGAAACACAUGCGGACGCUACAUCCGGGUUUCAAGCUCCCAGACUCGUUUCUCCAGCGCCAAGCCAGCAAUUGAGCGCUAUUGCGAGAGGAAAUAGGCAUUUGAGUUAUGUGAGACUGCGAACGUGAAUCCGAGAGUCCGAAAGUCCUAAAAUGUUUGGGCGGAACUUGUCAUGUAGGAAGAGAAAGAUAUGAAGGUGAAGGGCGCACCCUCGAAACGUCUCACUGAUAUGUGACAGUGUCCUUGGUCGUUAUCGCAAAGGAGGUGAGUGUCAAAGGAGGUGAUUGUCGGGCGAGGGGAGGAAAGAGGAAUACGGACAUCGGGAGAAGGCAAAAGGUAACAACAGGUUGCUACUGCUGCUUGCUGCUUCAACUCUUGCGGACCAUCGGACAGCAAUAGAAACUGAAU